UUCAUAUACAUGUGUUAUUAUGGACUCAUACACAAAAUGGGCUCGCCUCCUGUCGUGAAGCUUCUGACGAUGACGGCUCCCUCGUCAGUCUACUACAACUUCGGAAGCCCCAUGAACCCAGCCUACAUGCCGGAUAUGUGGCUCGGGUACUCAGACCGUAUGAAUUUCUGGCAGCGGCUGUACAACACGUACUUCUAUUUAAGGCUGAUGCACAUGUGGUUCUGUCAGGCGAUGCCAGUUCAAGAAGGACUUAUGAGGAAACACUUUGGUCCAGAUCCUCCGUCUGUGUACGAAGCAGACAGGAACGUCAGUCUCCUCAUAACCACCAACCACUUCGUCAUGGAAUAUCCUCGCCCGCACCUGCCUAACAUCAUCGAGAUCACCGGAAUCCACGUUGCCACAGAACAGAAGCCUCUGCCAAAGGACAUCAAGCAGUUUCUGGAUGGGGCAGAACACGGCGUCAUCUACUUCAGCCUAGGAACCAAUGUCCGCAGUAAUGCGAUGUCAGACUGGAAGCGACAGGCAUUCAUUGAAGCGUUCCGGGAGCUGCCCCAGAGGGUCCUCUGGAAGUGGGAGAACGACUCCCUUCCCAGCCGGCCUGAGAACGUCAUGGUCAGCAAGUGGCUGCCACAGCAGGACGUACUAGCUCAUCCAAACGUGCGACUCUUCAUCACGCAAGGUGGCCUGCAGAGUCUCAAUGAAGCCACGUACCACGCCGUGCCGCUGCUGGUCAUCCCGUUCUUCUGCGACCAGGCGCACAACGCCGCUAAGAUACAACAGACUGGGGCUGGCGUCCGGCUAGAGUACAGUGACAUCACCAAGGACGCCUUGCUGAGGAACAUACGGACCGUCCUUCACGACUCCAAGUACAGGGAGAGCAUGAGAACUUUGUCGUCGAUAUUCCGUGAGCACCAGGUGGACUCUUUGGAGCGCGCCGUGCGGUGGGUGGAGUACGUGAUACGUCACAAGGGGGCCCCACACUUGCGCAGUGCUGCCCUCGACCUGCACUGGUGGCAGUGGCUGCUGCUCGAUAUCCUCGCCUUCCUACUUCUGGUUGCCACCAUUGCAAUCUAUCUUUUGUGCAUAUCUGUUCGCAGACUUGUCCAGUUUCUCUCAGGAUUUAAAGUGAGGGUAAAAACUGAGUAGUUAUUCAGCUGUAGAGUCACUGAAGAACUAUAACUGUGGCAUUGCAUCAGAGUUUGUAUCUGAAAAUAUCUUUGAUGUAAAAAUCUGACAAUACAUUCCUGCAAGCGAGUAUGGAAGAUAA